GUGGGGUUUUACAAGCGACAUUUGUAAUCUAAUUUUAAACAAACAAGAAAACUCUUCAAUUCUUCUUCCUUCUUUCUCUCUCCUCUAAGUAUAGCUCCGUGCUGCCUCUGGAAUUGAUCAUCACGCACUGUCGGGAAGUUUUGUAGCAGACUCUCUCCUUGUGGUCGGUCAGCAGCUCCUGCAGGAUUAGCAUGCGAUUCUACCAGAGCCGUUGGGUCUAAAGGUUAUGAUCUAAAUCUGCCAUUGCAGUUGCCAGAGAUUAUAUGUAGCCGUCGCAGCUUAGCAUCUUUUGUGUCUAGAGUCAACUCCUAAUGUGAUAUUGAUGAAAGGCUUCGGAUAAAAUGUCUGAAAACUUUUGUUGCUAAAAUAUGUUUGCUUACUCUUGAGUAUGGCAACCGAGAGCCCUAUGAGAAUACUCGAAGACAGUAGAACAGAAAAGUGGGUUCCUUCCAAGGACAUGGUCUCCUUUGUGUCCCCUAGGAAUGAAGUGGCAGCUGAUGAACUGGGAGUGCUUCUUAAAGGUCAUAAGAUUCAUGGGCAUAAUAGAAAUAAGGCUCCAAAUCGUAGUGGUAGUGCGCCUCCAAGUAUGGAAGGCUCAUUUUCAGCCUUUGGUAACCUUGUCCAUGAUCAAAGCUCUGGCCGGAAAUUGAGUUUGGCAAGCUUAGACAGUGCCAUGCAAAACUGGCAGUCUGAAGAGCAGAUACGUGCUGAUCCCUCCUAUUCUGCUUACUACAGCUCUAAUAUCAACUUGAAUCCUAGGCUUCCUCCUCCUAUUAUUUCAAGGGAGAACAUGCCCUUGGCACACCAUUUUGCGGAUCUGGGUGAUAGCUGCCAGUUAAAUUCUUCUGACAACAGUGGGGAUGCAUCCUUGCACGUGAGUAGAAGUUCUCUUUCAACUCAUGAUGAGGAGCCUGAAGAUGAAAAUUUACCACGAAGUGCUUUAGACGAUCUGGCCCAAAGUCGUGCUUCAGGACAGCACAUGGCCUCCUUUGCAGGUCAACAUAAAAGUUUAGUUGACCUAAUCCAGGAGGAUUUCCCUCGCACUCCAUCACCAGUUUACAAUCAAUCUCGGCCCUCAUGUCAUGUUGCUGUGGAGGAACCAACUGAUUGUGAUAUUCAAUCUAUUAAACUGGACGGUCUCUCCGUUGACAUUUCAAAUAAACCAGGUGCAGGCGCUUGUGCGGAUGUCUCAGGUGACCAUGAUAUAGCUGUCCUCGAUCAGUCUUUGGCCAUUUCUCUUGAAAAAGAAUCUUCUGUUGACAGUCUUGGGAGGUCUCCUUCCCCUCAGAAGGGUGAAAUAUCAGCUAGUGAUGCACCUCUGGUGAAUGAGCUCUUAGUCAGUGAUGGGAUAGCAUCAGGUAUUUCGAAGAACUUUCCAGCUCCAGAGGUUAGUAACAACAAGGAUGAACAAUAUUUUCAUGGGAGGAAUGGAGUAGAACAGCAACAGCAGCAGCAGUAUCACUCCCAACGACUCGCAGCUUACCAAGUUAAUAGUCCACAAGUUCAAGCAAAUGUUCUUGGGACUAAUACACUACAGAGUAGCCUAGCAAAAGGUUAUGGUCAUAGCUGGUUCUCCUCAGUUGAGGUACAAGCAGUUCCUCAAGGUUCUGGCCUCACGCCUCCUCUAUAUGCAACAGCUGCAGCCUAUAUGGCUUCCGGCAACCCAUACUAUUCUAACUUGAGUCCACCUGGUGUAUAUGCCCCUCAUUACAAUGUAGGGGGAUAUGCUUUGGCUUCGCCUUCUCUUCCUCCAUUUGUAGCUGGAUAUCCAUCUCAUUCUGGUCCAUCUGUGCAUAUUAAUACUGGUUCUGGACGAAGCAUCAGUGGUCAAAGUGUUACGUCAGGAGAAAACAUUCCACAAAUUGGUGAUCUGCAACAUGUAACCAAGUUUUAUGGGCAUCAUGGGUUAAUGGUGCAUCCUUCUUUCCCAGAUCCUUUCCAUAUGCAGUAUUUUCAUCAUCCUGUUGAUGAUUCACACGCUGCUCCUGGUCGGUAUAUGCGGUUUCCAUCAUCGGCCCUGGUUGGGCUAGAAGUUGAUGCUUAUGCCUCAAAUAUGGAGCCAAAUCUCCCUUCUUAUAUUGCUGAACAGAAUUUUAAUCGUCCACCUGUUGGAAGCCUGAACUUACCAAGUCCUGGAAAAGUGAUAAUUCCUGGUAAUAGUUAUUUUGGAAGUCCAUCAGGCCUGGGAUUCGCACAACAGUUUCCAGCCUCGCCUCUUGGUAGUCCUGUAUUGCCAGGAUCCCCUAUGGGUAGAAGGAGUGAAAUUAAAUCUACCCCUGCUUCAGGUAGAAAUAUUGGAUUGUGUUCUGGAUGGCCUGCACAAAGAGGUUCUGGUAGCUUUAAUGAUUCUAAAAGACAUUCAUUUCUCGAAGAACUGAAACAAAGCAAUGCUCGAAGAAUUGACCUCCCUGAUAUUGCAGGUCGUGUAAUUGAAUUCAGUGUUGAUCAGCAUGGGAGUCGGUUUAUACAGCAGAAAUUGGAAAAAUGUAGUAUUGAAGAGAAGGCAUCUGUUUUCAAAGAAAUUCUUCCACAUGCUUCAAAACUAAUGACAGAUGUGUUUGGGAAUUAUGUCAUUCAAAAGUUCUUUGAGCAUGGAAGUCAUGAGCAAAGAAAGAUGUUGGCAUGUCAAUUAAAAGGACAGAUGCUGCCUUUAAGUUUGCAAAUGUAUGGUUGUCGUGUUAUUCAAAAGGCCCUAGAAGUUAUCGAUCUUGAUCAGAAAAUAGAACUUGUCCAUGAACUCAAUGGGCAUGUACUAAGGUGUGUGCGAGAUCAAAAUGGAAACCAUGUAAUCCAAAAAUGCAUUGAGUGCAUACCUACUGAAAAAAAUAGUUUUAUUAUCUCCUCAUUCCAAAGCCAAGUAGCUAUAUUGUCUACUCAUCCCUAUGGUUGCCGUGUAAUCCAGAGAGUAUUGGAACGUUGUUCAGAAAACUCUCAAAGUCAGUGUAUAGUGCAUGAAAUCUUGGAGUCUGCUUAUGCUCUUGCUCAAGAUCAGUAUGGGAACUAUGUCACCCAGCAUGUUCUGGAGAGGGGAAAACCACAUGAAAGAAGUCGAAUUAUUGAAAAGUUGAUCGGAAAUGUUGUACAAUUAAGUCAACACAAAUAUGCCUCAAACGUUGUUGAAAAAUGUCUGGAAUAUGGUGAUUCUGCUGAGAGGGAGCUUUUGAUUGAGGAGAUUCUUGCAGAUUCAGAAGCAAAUGACAAUUUGCUGUCGAUGAUGAAGGACCAAUUUGCGAAUUAUGUGGUCCAGAAGAUUCUCGAGAUUAGCAACGAUAAGCACCGUGAAAUUCUGCUCAGUCGAAUCAGAGUUCAUCUUCAUGCUUUGAAGAAAUACACCUACGGAAAACACAUAGUGGCUCGAUUUGAACAGCUCUCUGAGCAGCUGUCUGAUGAAGAUAUUGGAACAUGUGAACCCUAGAUUGUUGAACAAAAUUGUCAGUUUUAUACUCGUUUGGUGGAUGGUAGAAUUGUUUCCAGCAGCUUGACUGUUGAUUGUCCAGUAAGCAGCAGUAUGAGAGUGCCUGUCUGGCCUUUAGUAGGGGUCACCUGUGCUUACUGCUUAAGCUCAUUGAUUGUCCAGGCACGAAGAUAGUGUGUUGUUUUAUUUGCCAACUGUAUCCAAGAAUGUAGAUAUCUUGAAUAAUCAAGCAUGUAUUCUGGGAGAAAUAUUUUGUGCACGCCAAAUUUAGUUGACAAGAUUUGCUUGCUUUGGA